CCUUCUGAGGAAAGUCAGCAGCGCAGCGAGCCUUCACCCCUGCUGAAAGUGAUCAAGCUUCAGUCAUGAUAAGAAACGAGGUUUUCUCCUGUUUUGUCUUCUAUGCAGUCCUCCUGGUGAUCAAAAUGUACACCAUCGCAGUCAUAACGGGACAAGUCAGGCUGCGAAAGAAGGCUUUUGCCAACCCAGAGGACGCGCUGAGACACGGAGGCUUGCAGUUUCACAGAGAGGAUCCAUAUGUGGAAAGAUGCCGAAGGGCCCACCUCAACGACUUGGAGAACAUCCUCCCGUUCCUCUUCCUGGGGGCUGUCUACUCCCUGACCGGACCUUCGCUGACUGUGGCCCGCUUUCACUUCCUGGUGUUCUUUCUCGCCCGCGUGCUGCACAGCCUCGCCUACCUGUUGGCCUUGCGAGCACCCACCCGUUCUCUGGCCUACACCGUUGCACAGAUACCCUGCGUGUCCAUGGCUGUGCAGAUCCUGAUGUCAGUGGCCUCCUACGCCUAGCUUUUAAAGACUUUGGGAGUGAAGAAAUGCCCGGAGACCUGUAUCGGAGAGGGUUCACUACGGGUUCCUGUAGAGAGACAGCGGGAGUGCAAUAUAAGGUGUUGGAUUUAUGCCUGUUCGUAUUUUUAUUUCGUUUUAUUUUUAGCAAGAGCCUGUCAGUAUUUUUUUUAUUGUUAUGUUUCGAAAAAUGUGACAAUGUUUCAACAGAUUUUGAAGUAUGAUGUUUGACACCAUGGACUGGUGUUCCUAAAAUGCAAAUGAAGAUUGUUACUCAUUUUACCAUGAAAUUGUUGAAACGUUUUUGACAGACAGUUGUUGACUCAAAGCCACUUCAGGACUCUCCCCCCCCCCCAGCUGAGCUCCUCCGUAUGUUGAUCCUUAACCUCUCCUGUGUUUACAUUCAACACAGACCACUAUUGGUGUGGUUUAGAACUGUCAUCGUGGCCUGGUCUGUUUCCUGUGUGGGUCUUCCAGCUAUUGUGUUGAACCUUGUUUGGACAGUGCAUUCGGCAACAGUUAAAUGGAUCCUGAGUGAUGAGGUGUGGAAAUGUUGAAUCGGGCUCACCUACAGCACCACCACCCCCCACCCCCCCGCCACUGCGUGAGUCAAACUGAGGCUUCCCGUAAUAAAAGGACUGAAACGUGAACUUGUCUCAACAGCCUACAAGGACAAAUCAUCUGUGAAAACCUGUUCCAUGGUUAUCUUUAAGGUUUUGUAACUGUAUUUAUUACACUCUGUUGAGCUAGACAGACAUAUCAAUGUGUAUUUUUCUAGGCAAUAAAACAAUUCAUAGUCUAACGUGAA